GAUUGGUAAGUGUGUAUGCGUACCAAGUCAGCCCGACGGCCGGACGGUGGUUCAGUCCAGUCCAGGAACGUUCCAAACAUUGCCAUGUUGCGAGGGACAGAUGUAUGCGUUGCACCGCACCAUAGUAACCUCCCGGCGUGCAUUGCACCAGCCUCUCUUCCGGUCUGUGAUCCUUACCGUCUGGACGGGUUCAUCAUGGCAAAGUCCAAGAAUCACACCACACACAACCAAUCUCGCAAAUGGCACAGGAAUGGCAUCAAGAAGCCCAGAUCUCAGAGAUAUGAGUCUCUUAAGGGGGUUGAUCCCAAGUUCAUGAGGAAUAUGCGUUUUGCCAAGAAACACAACAAAAAAGGAAUGAAAAAGAUGUUGGCAAACAAUGCCAAGAAUGCUGCGAAAUAGGUGCACUUUUGGCGCCCGAUAUGUUACUUUGAAAUAAAAAAACCUGUUCAGA